AAUAUUGCAAUAACAAAACUUUCAAGAGUAGGUAGUAAUGCGUAUGAUACAGUCGAGAAAGGCAGAAAGAAACGUGUGCCUCUAAAAACCGGUGAUAAGCAACGAGAAUUCCAUUGUAGAGUGCAAGAAUAUCAAUUUUAUAAAUAAAUAACUAUAAUAACAAUAUUUAUAAUCAACAAAGCUGUGCGUGUGUGUAUUUGUUAAAUUGCUUAAAUUGCUUAAAUAUGAUGCAAGCAAUCUCAACAAAAUUGCCCAUCGUGAGUGGAUGUUACAUGAACAGCAGCAGCGGCAUUGCUCGCACAUUUGUAGCCAGUCAGGCGUUGAGAGAAAAGCACGAGUGUCAAGUACUGAUUGUCGGUGGUGGUUCCGGCGGAUGCGCACUCGCAGCAAAAUUAUCAUCAAAAUUGGGAAAGCACAAAGUAACCGUUGUGGAGCCUGCCGAGCAACACUACUACCAACCAAUGUUCACUCUUAUUGGCGGCGGCAUGAAACGACUGGAACAGUCUUAUAGGCCUAUGGCAGAAGUGCUGCCAAAAAAUAUUAACUGGAUUAAAUCGGAAGCAGUGGAAUUUGAUCCUAAAAAUAAUACAGUGAAAACGGCAAAUGGUACUAAUAUCAAAUAUGAUAUGCUUCUCUUGGCAACUGGCUUACAAUUAAACUAUGAGAAGAUCCCCGGCUUAGUGGAAGCACUAUCCAUACCAAAUGGCAAAGUUUGUUCAAAUUACUCACCCAAAUAUGUUGAUCGCACCUAUGCGUGUCUGCAAAACAUACAGGAAGGCAAUGCCAUUUUCACGUUCCCGGCAUCACCCGUCAAAUGUCCGGGUGCGCCACAGAAGAUUGUCUACAUCGCUGAGCACUAUUUCCGUAAGCUUGGCAAGCGCAACAAGAUUACGGUUACGUACAACACAUCGUUGCCCGUAAUUUUCGGCGUGAAACACUAUGCCGACGCGCUGUGGAAAGUCGUCGAAAAACGAGACAUCAAAGUGAACUUGCUUCGCAACUUGAUUGAAGUGCGGCCUAAUGAAGAUGUGGCUGUAUUUCAAAAUCUCGACAAACCGGAGGAGAUAUUCGAGGAAAAGUUCGCCAUGUUACAUGUCACGCCACCGAUGAGCACACCAACUGUAUUGGCACAGUGCAAGGAAUUGGUGAAUGCGGCUGGCUUCGUUGAUGUGGACAAAUCAACGCUACAACAUCUGCGCUACAAGAAUGUCUUUGCUAUCGGCGAUUGCUCGGCUUCACCCAACUCAAAGACUGCCGCAUCAGCAGCAGCACAAUCGCCUGUUGUAUAUCGCAAUAUGUUGGCUCAGCUGAAGGGAAAGGAACUGAAGAGCAUCUACGAUGGUUACGCUUCCUGUCCACUCGUCACUGGCUAUCACAGCUGUAUUUUGGCUGAAUUCGAUUAUGAUUUGAAACCAUUGGAAACAUUCCCGUUUGCACAGAAUAAGGAACGCUAUUCAAUGUUCUUUUUGAAAAAGGCCUUAAUGCCUACACUUUACUGGAAAGUCAUGUUAAAUGGCCAUUGGAAUGGGCCAGCGCUAAUGCGUAAAGUUUUAUCUGUAUUGAAGUUCGAGAAGAAGGUGAAUGCAUAGAGGCAGUUUGCGAAAAAAAACAAUGCAAAAGUGUUUUUACAGUAAAUUAUGCUGCUUAAGAAGUACAAAAAUACAGCACUGACAAAAAGAAACGAGGACAAGAGCGCAAGAUGACAUUCGAGUUGCAACUUUUUUCAAAAUUUGAUCAAAAAGAAGUGAUCAUGCAAAUAUUUUGUGAUACAUACAUAAAACAUUUUUACUGUAAAAAAGUAAAAGACAUAAAAU